CAUGAAAAAUAUACACGCUAUCGUCGUAAUCUGGGGUACCGAAACGUGGGCAUAGUUUUGCCCUUGACUGGAUAAUUUUACCUUUUUGGCCAUGGUAAUGCCUGCUUAUAGGUAGGUCUCUGUUUGUUUGUUUGUUUUUUUCCACUUUAUUAUUUCCAAAACGAAUGAAAACCUACUCUCAUAGUUCGUGAAAUGGCAAGUGACGCUAAAAGACCAAAGUGGGAGGCAGAAUCUGCAGAGGUCGUGGAUGAACCCCUGCAAAGAUUUUUACAGUGGUGCCAUAAAGUUGAACUAACCAUAAGCAGUAAGGUCUACCUUUCCAAGGAAGGUACUGUGGCAAAAUAUGGGAUGUUGGCCAAACAGGAUAUAGAAGAAGGAGAACAAAUAUUUUCUAUCCCUAGAAAUGCUCUGCUUAACCAGCAGACCUCGAAAGUUAAAGAUGUGCUCGAGGAGAGUAAAACUACUCUUGAGAACACAUCUGGAUGGGUUCCUCUCCUCCUGGCUCUUAUGUAUGAAUACACCCGUCCACAAUCCCACUGGACGCCAUACUUGUCCCUCUGGCCUGACUUUAAGGCCCUGGACCACCCUAUGUUUUGGUCGAAAGAGGAAAGGGACAAACUGCUGAAGGGAACAGGAGUUUGCGAGGCAGUUGAAACGGACCUGACCAACAUUCAGAAAGAAUACACUGAUAUUGUGUUACCAUUCAUGCUGUCACACUCUGACCUGUGGGAUCCAGAGAAACACACACUUGACCUCUACAAAAGCCUGGUUGCGUUUGUCAUGGCAUACAGUUUCCAGGAGCCCCUAGAGGAUGAGGAGGAGGAGGAUGACAAAGAUCCCAACCCUCCAAUGAUGGUUCCGAUGGCUGACAUGCUGAACCAUGUGUCCAAUCACAAUACUAACCUGGAGUAUACAAGGGAUUGCCUGAGAAUGGUGGCCUUACGUGACAUCCAUGCAGGAGAGGAGAUCUUUAACACCUAUGGCGAGAUGGCCAACUGGCAGCUUCUUCACAUGUAUGGUUUUGCGGAGCCACAUCAGGAGAACAGCAACGACUCAGCAGACAUCCAGAUGUCUGUUGUACUCAAAGCAGCUCUGCAGCUUAGCCAGACUGAGGAGGACCAACGCUUGCUCACGGAGAAGUGGAACUUGCUUUGCGACAUGGAGAUGGUUGGAGACGUAGGAGCAUUCAUCUUCAGCAAAAAGUGUUGCCUCACUGACACCGAGCUCUACACAACGCUGAAGAUCCUGUGCAUGGAGAAAGAUGAAUUCAAGGUGUUCCAGGAGGAAAGGGAGUGGGAGGAGGCAGAUGAUGAGGACGAGAUGGCACAGGCUUUAUCUAAUGAAGGUCUGCCAGGAUUGGCUCCUGCCUGGCGACGACUGCUGUAUACGGCAGCUGGCAUCACUCUGGACCAUUACGAGGAGAGCCUUGAGGCAGACAGAAAGCUUCUGGAGGAUCAAGAAGUCUUGGCCAAGCUGGAUAGCCGGAGCAGAAUGGCGCUUCAGGUGCGCUACGGCCAGAAGAAGAUUCUGCAGCGUCUUCAGCAGCUCACCCAGUCUGGUGCCAGUACAUCCAAAACAUCUUGAAAUAUGCACUAACUGCUGAUGUUAAGAGAGUUAAGCAUGCCUCUGUAAAACAAUUAAGAACCUUUAAUUACUUGUCAAUUUGAAAUGAUUUUGCUGAUAAAUAAACACUUUUACACCUU